UGGAAAUAUCGUCAUGUGGCCGAAAGUAACGCUAGCCGGCUUAGUAGGCGUAGCGGCACUCGUCGCUAUUGCAAGUGCGCAGAAUGAUGGACGUUAUCGUCCUACGCCCGUCCUGCCCUAUUAUCAGCGCUCACGUACGACCCGUCUCCGUCCUACUGUCAUUGGUGACGGUCGUUAUCGUCCGAGUAAUGAUGGUCGUUAUAGAGGGGUGAACGAUGGACGUUAUCGCGGUGGCAAUGAUGGCAAGUAUGUGCAUCAAGAUGUGCCGUAUGUGCAUAACGAUCGGGCCGGUGGGCAAUAUGAAGCCGAUAAGAACCGGUUUAGACCCGGCAGAGGUGACGUCGGUGGCGCAGGUACGUUCGGUGGAGGUAGGCGGGCAGCUGCGAGAGGUAAUGCGCUGGGUUCAACGGGAUUAGCUGAUAAUCGCGCGAAUUUAGCAACACGAACGUCAAUAACACGAAGACCGACACCGAAAUCCACGAUAGUUACACCAGCACUAACGAAAGGUAGUGGUACGAGCGAGGGUGGUAGUGGUUGGCGCAUCCUGCAGCUUUUCGAUAAAGAGGAAAAAGAUGGCUAUCAUUAUAUUUAUGAAACGGAAAAUGGCAUUUUAGCGGAGGAAAAUGGACGCAUCGAACAAUUAGCUCCGGAAAAGGAAGGUUUGCGUUCGACGGGAUUUUACGAGUAUACCGGCGAUGUUGGUGUGCUUUACCGUGUCGAUUAUGUGGCCGACGACAAUGGCUUUGUGGCGCGAGGUGCGCAUAUCCCUACUCCACCACCAUAUGUAGCCAAAUUAUUGGCGUACUUGGCUGCGAACGCCAAGAAUUAGUUAUUUAAAAUUGUUUUAAUAUUAGUUUCAUCAAAUGCUCAUUUAUUCAUUGCAAAAGCUGCGGUAAAAUUUUUUUAAUAUUUUCUGAAACAAAUGUAUCUGCAUUUUUCGCAGAAAUAUCAAAAUUACCAUAUACAAGUAUACUUGGUUUCAAAUCUCUAACAGAAAGGGCCAAGUACUUAUUGGAAAAUGUGGCCCUAAUUUUAGAGAAAUAACUAGCAACACAUCAUGAUAUUAAACCACUCCUUUCAUCCUUAUAUACUUGUAGACAGUCGAUUGUUAAUUCGAAUGUCAAAUAUCUUUCGAGUUCACAGCAAAUACAGUGACUGCUAUAAAGUAUACCCAUUUCCAAUAUGUGUUCCCCAAUAAGAAAAUAGACCAUUAUUGUAGCUUUAAGUUAUUAUAUACCUUAGUUCGAGCUGUUUAUCUUUGUCCUGUUAUCCUUGUGCUAGUUGAAAAAUUUCAAGUGAAGUUCUCUCCUGUCUUCGAUUUCCUCACGAGAUGCUUCGGUCAUGGCGAAUUCGUUAUCAAGUAUUUUUCUAUGGCUGGGAACUCAGAUAUUAUUAGGUAUCCAGUUGUGCAUCCCGCCUACUAAGGAUAUUACUACGACUAAAUUAGCUGUAACUGCAACAUUCUUACUCUCUUAAGGGGCACAUCUCGUGUGACAGCCUUAAAAAGACGAGGUUUGGGUUACUGUAUCAAUUUUUUUUAAAUGUUAAGAAUACUUUUAUCAAUAUUUUAGGAAUACAC